CCUUUCAAAGACUUCUCUCUUCUCUUCCUCUUGAUUUAUGGGCAAACCCAGUGGACUCCCCAUUGAUUCAGAUCCCAAUAUUUCCUUUUCCCUUCACAUCCCAACUGUUCUUAAUUCCUUUCCCGAACAAGAAGACACUAAACCAAACAUCAUCCUCAUCAACAACAACUACUGCACCAAACUGUCUGUGUUCGCCAUGGAUGAUGCUUCUACAGCAAACAUGUCUCCUCCUCCGCCCACCACCAUUCAGUUCCCCGUUAAUCUCAACUGCUCUCGCGAUGAACACCCGCGUAGGGUCAUCGGCGAAAUGGAUUUCUUCGCCGAGAAGAAUCGUAAACUCACGGACGAUGUCGGUGAUUCCGAUCAUGCCAAUGCAGAGAUCAAUGACUCCAUCGAUCGAACUGCCCUCGAGCUUAACGUUAACACUGGUUUGAAUUUAUUAACUACGAACACGAGUAGCGAUCAAUCCAUGGUGGAUGAUGGGAUCUCUUCAAACAUGGAAGAUAAAAGAGCUAAAUAUGAGCUAUCUGUUUUACAAGUUGAGUUUGAUCGUAUGAAAACGGAGAAUCAAAGGUUAAAGGAAAUGUUGAGCCAGGUGACGAGCAACUACAACACGGUUCAAAAACAUCUGGUCACCCUUAUGCAACAACAGCAAGAUGGAAAAGUUGAAAAACCCGAUGAACAAAAGAAAUCUAAUGGAGAACUAAUGAUUCCGAGACAGUUUAUGGAUCUUGGUCUAGCAGCCGCUGCUGCUGCAGAAGUUGAUACGGAUGAACCGUCACUGUCAUCGACGGUCGGGAGGAGUCACGAUCGAUCCGGGUCGUCUAAUGCGGAGGUAGCUUUAAAGGACUUCAGAUCAAGAAAGCGUGGGAGUAGCGAAACUGGAAGAGAAGAUAGUCCUGAUGGUAACAAGGUUCCGAGGUUUAAUUCCUCGAAAAAUUUUGAUCAAACUGAAGCUACCAUGAGGAAGGCACGAGUUUCUGUUAGAGCAAGAUCAGAGGCUCCCAUGAUCACAGAUGGAUGUCAAUGGCGAAAGUAUGGACAGAAAAUGGCGAAAGGAAAUCCAUGUCCUCGAGCAUAUUAUCGAUGUACCAUGGCAGCUGGUUGCCCAGUUAGAAAACAGGUACAAAGAUGUGCAGAAGAUCGUUCAAUUCUAAUAACAACAUACGAAGGCAACCACAACCAUCCUUUGCCUCCGGCAGCAAUGGCAAUGGCGUCGACAACGUCAUCGGCUGCACGAAUGCUGUUAUCCGGUUCCAUGUCCAGCGCCGAUGGACUAAUGAACUCGAAUUUUCUCACAAGAACUGUCCUCCCAUGCUCUUCUAGCAUGGCCACCAUAUCAGCUUCCGCCCCAUUCCCCACCGUCACCUUGGACCUCACCCAGACCCCAAACCCUUUACAAUUCCCCAGACCCGAAAGCCAAUUCCAAGUCCCAUUCCCGAACCCACAAUCGCACCCCAAUCCCCAGGCCUCGCCGUUGUCGUUGCUGCCUCAGAUUUUCGGUCAGGCACUUUACAACCAAUCCAAAUUCUCUGGUUUGCAAAUGUCUCACGACAUCGAGCAACCUCAAAUGAAUCACCAACUUCAACAAGGUCAACAAAAUUCAUUUGCCGAAACCGUUAAUGCUGCCACCACCGCCAUCGCGACGGAUCCUAACUUCACCGCCGCUUUAGCCGCCGCUAUCACUUCUAUUAUCGGGAGCUCUCACACCAGUAACAUCAAUAAUAAUAAUGGUGCGAACCUCACGUCCACCACCAACAGUAAUGGCAACGUCACUACUACCACAACCACCACCACUAGUAACAGCAACAGCAAUGGCAACAAUAAAAUCAACAAUACCAGUAAUUUUGCUGCAAAUUAGAAGAAACAAAGAACGCCCUCGGUUCUUUAUUACUUUUUAUUCAUUUGAGGAAGAAGGGUAUGCAGUUUUGGAUUUUAUUUCUGUUAAAUCUUUAAUAAUUUGUACCAAUUUGUUCGUCCAUUGCAAAGUUGAAAAAACAAGGUGAAAAGAAAUUUGUUUAAUUUUCAUGUUGGAGUUACGUGUAAUGCAGGUAAUGCAUAAAGCAGUCAAGAAAUCCGUCUUUGUCAAAAGUGUUUUCAAUUUAAAUAAAGGUGGGGUUAGUUU